GCGCAAUCAGCUAAAACUAUCAUUCUCAGUUAUAAUAAUUCAACAACAUUAUCAGAUUCAGAGGCCAUAUUGCAACACAAAUAUUCACGUCCAAUUUUCACUACUAUUGUUUAUAUACGUAGUAUAUAUAGGCCUAUUUUGCUGCAAUAAGUUUCAGUAGACGUGAGUCCGUGAUUGCCAAAAUUAAAUUGUUUUCCUGUAAUCACAUUUAAUCUAAAACACACAAAUAUGAGUUCAGUAAGUGUUAAACACGUCUCCGCGUGCUACAUCAAGCCAAAGUAUGAGGUACAAGAAGCCAAGCAACCUUGCUACUUGGCUCCCAUGGAUCUGAUGAUGCUCAAUUUCCACUAUAUCCAAAAGGGCCUCCUUUUCACCAAACCUUCACAUAAAAACGAUCAAGAAUUCUCGAUCAGCAAACUCCUUCAAAGCCUGAAGGAGUCUCUUUCACUCGCCCUUGUCCAUUUUUACCCACUGGCAGGGCAGCUCGCUACACGUAUCAGCGAAAAUCGGCAUGAAUGCUUGAUUUUUGUAGAUUGCAACAAGGGUCCUGGGGCAAGGUUCAUUUAUGCCACUUUAGAUAUGAGCGUAUCUGAAAUCUUGUCACCAGUUGAUGUUCCUCUGGUCGUUCAGUCAUUAUUUGACCAUGACCGAGCUAUUAACCACGAUGGUCAUAGAAGGCCUUUGUUAUCAGUUCAGGUUACUGAGCUCAAGGAUGGGGUGUUCAUCGGCUGCUCCAUGAACCACGUGGUUGGAGAUGGGACCUCAUAUUGGCAAUUUUGGAAAAUAUGGUCAGAAAUACAUAGAGCUAAUGGCAAGCAACUUGUUGUUUCACGUCUGCCCAAUCAUAAACGUUGGUUUCCUGAUGGGCAUGGGCCGGCUAUCCCCCUCCCCUUUACUCACCCUAAUGAAUUUGUAAGCAGGUAUGAAGUUGGUCAGCUCAGAGAGAGAUUCUUCCAUUUCUCCCGAGACUCUAUAGCAAGACUGAAAGCCAAGGCCAACAAAGAAAGCAAUACAAACAACAUUUCCUCCUUCCAGAGCCUCUCAGCUCUCGUCUGGAGAUCGAUUGUAAGAGCAAACUGCAUAUCUGAAGAUCGGAUCACAAAUUGCACAUUGGCUACCAAUAACAGGCAUAGGUUAAAUCCUCCUCUGCCUCCAGAGUACGUUGGUAACUGUGUUACUCCAACGAUUACAACUACUACUGCCGGUGCAUUACUUGCACACAACUUAGGGUGGGUAGCAUCAUUGUUGCACCAGUCGGUGGUAAACCACAGUGACAAAAUAGUGCACAAAAUCAUCGACGGAUGGCUCCAGUCUCCUUUUGUUUACCGACCAGGCAAAAUGUUCGAUCCUUACAGUGUGACGAUGGGAAGCUCACCAAGAUUUGACAUGUAUGGAAAUGAAUUUGGUUUCGGGAAAGCUGUAGCAGUUCGAAGUGGGUAUGCAAACAAAUAUGUUGGCAAAGUGACUGCUUACCCAGGAUAUGAAGGGGGUGGAAGUGUGGAUCUAGAGAUAUGUCUACCACCUAAAUCAAUGAGCGCUCUUGAAUCAGAUGAAGAAUUUAUGGCUGCCGCAACAGUAUAGUACAAUUAGACCUUGCAAAUGGGUCAUUCGGGGUCGGAUCAUUUCGGGUCAGCUAACAUUCGGAUCGGGUAUGGGUCGGGUCAACUUUGGGUCAGGUUCGGGUCGGGUCGAAAUUUGGUCGGGUCAUGUACGGGUUGUUUCAUUUGUGAAUCAAACUCAAAUGAAUUGUUAAAUACGGAGUAUAUAUUUUGUUAUUGUUAUAAUAAAAACUAUCAAUUCAGUUUA